AUGGACGAUUCAGGAGAGCGAUACUACAUAGGGUCCGAAAUUGGUGCCUACCUAAGAUUACACCGCGGUACGCUAUACAAGAAAUAUCCUGUGCUAUGGCGAAAAGUGGCUACGCAAGAGGACAAAGAAAAGCUCCGUCAGAUUGCGCUUUCACAAGCUUUCAUGCACACCAAUAUCAUGUUGGUGAAAGCGCAUGAAAUCGACGAGUUAUUGGCAGGCCAAGAGGAAAAGUAUCGGGCCGCGGGAUCAACUCCAUCGAUUCCUAGAGUGGACUCGGGACUUUCCAAAAGUAAUAAGCCAAACGUACCGGCUGGAUGGAUGGGACAGCAGGUUUGUGAGUCAUAUGAGUUCUGA